GAAGCGGAAACUCACGAUUAUUUACGAGAUCUGAGAAACAAAUAAUUUGGAGAAGAACGCCAAACCAACAGCACCAUGGCGUCAACUAAAAUAUUUGCGACCGUUGCUUUUAUUUGUUUAUUGAGUUUGUUUCAACAAAUAGAUUCCACACAAAUAACAAAUCGCGAUGUAUCCAGUCUUCUUUCCCUUUUGAACCGCAACAUAGUUGGCAACAAGAAACCUGUAAUUAUCAUAUUAGAAAAGGAUCCAGGACUGGCAAAGAAAAAUAAACUGGCUUUAAUGACAUCCAGCGAAGAACACGACCCCAUAAACAUUCCACACUUAUUACAUGAAAAGUUGUAUAAUGAAAGGGCCGUUAAACAAAGCACACCGAGUUAUUUAAAUUUGUUACAACAAAGGGGCCAGAAAUCCAGAAUGAGGCAUAGAGCUGAAAGGAACAGAGUGGAUGAUGACAAUGUUCAAAGAACCGACAAACAAGUUCUAAGGUCACCGAUUGUGAAGAAGCUGCUUCGUAUCUCCAACAGCCUACGAUGCGACGCGAAAGACGAUUGUCAGGACAAAUGCAGUAACAAAUACAAUGGAAAGAAAGUUGUUACGUGCAAAAUUCAAUGUGAAGUGAAAUAUGAAUGUGACCAACCAGAACCUGAGAAAGAUGCAUGCGAGUCGGGCUGCGAGGACUCCUGCGGUAAUGAUGAGUGUGAUAACGUUGUGAGCACUAAAGGUGAAAAACUGGUCUCCGAAGAAAUCAAAUGCAAACGUUGCUGAAUAUAGCUUUGAUUAUCUA